GUCAAACAGUAAAGUUUCACUGGAGCCUCCAUGCAAACUGUCAGCUGAAGAAAAACUGGGAAACCCUUUGGACCUUGCAGAAAUGGGGACAGCAGAUUAAUAAACACAACACUGGGGUGAGAACAAUAUCCAGUGGUCAGCAUUUGCACCAAGGACUCGACACGUCCGCCUUGAAAUCGAAGACAACACAGGGGAAUUACAAGAGAAACGCAGGAGUCAAGGUAGAGCAUCAGUGACGAUAGUUGGAACCUGAAAACGCCACAUUUGUGAGGACAAAGACCGCCUGCCGCCUUUGAGGUGCCUUUACCAUGGUGACACUAAAGGACUCGUACACUUUACAAUAAAGCCAGAGGAAAAAACUCCUUGUUACCGUUUGCAUCGCCUCACCCUCGACCCCUUUCCCCCCCCCACGCUGACCCGGAGCGACCAUGCAUCUCGAGGUGAAGGUCGCCCUGAACUUCAUCGUGUCCUACCUGUACAACAAGCUGCCUCGGCGCCGCGCGGAUCUGUUCGGCGAGGAGCUGGAGAGGAUACUGAUUUCUCGGUUUGAGGGUCACUGGUACCCCGAAGCCCCUCUCAGAGGUUCUGCCUUUCGCUGCAUUCAUCUGGGAGCCCCGAGGGACCCCGUGGUGGAGUUAGCCGCCAAGAGGAGCGGCCUGGACACGGAGGAAGUUCGUGCAAACGUUCCUGCAGAGCUCAGCGUGUGGAUCGACCCGUACGAGGUUUCCUACCAGAUCGGAGAGAAGGGGGCGGUGAAGGUCCUCUAUCUGGAAGAGACUCCUGGACUCGGGUGUGAAGGAGAGAUGCCCGAGGGGCCCACCAGAGAGGGUAAAGGAGACUCGGAGGCGGAGGAGGCCAAGAGUUUGGGGUUCAACCCGGACGCUCAGGUGUUCGUUCCGAUCGGCAGCCAGGCGUCACCCGCCCUCAUGCCCUCUCUCUCCAGCUCCCCCACCCCGAUGUCCACCGCCCUCUUCAGCUACCCGAGCUCCAGCACGCCUCCCGACCCCUCCGCCCACUCCUCCAACACCUCCACCCCCUCCCCCCCCAGCGGCGGCCUGCCCUACCUCUCCGCUCAGCAGCAGCCGCCGCCCUCCUCCAUCCCCACCGCCCGCCCCCAGCCCAUCACCUUCACCACCGCCAGCUUCGCCGCCACCAAAUUCGGCUCGACCAAGAUGAAGAAGUGCAGCGGUGCCGGGUCAACAACUGGCUCCAAUGGCUCCAUCCUCCCCCCCACUCAGAGGAUGCUCACCCACUCCCCCACCGCCAUCUUGGCUCCGGACCUGCUGAAGCACAAGCCUCUCUCUCUGUCCUUGCACUCCCUCGGAGGCGCUCCCAUCGCCAGCCAGCUCUCCCCCAACGCCAAAGAGUUCGUGUACCCAGGAUCGCCGGGCGCCCUUUACUUCGACGCUGACUCCCAGCCCAUGCAGCCUCACGUCAGCCCGUUCCAGCCGCCACACUCCCAUCCGACCUUUGACCCCUUCUCCAGCCCUCCUCCGCCCCCCAGCGUUGGCAUCAUCGGCAGCAGCGGGGGAAUCCCCUACAUGGAGAAGCCCCCGUUUGUGGAGGGUCUAGGAAGCUACAACCUACAAUACCCCAGCCAGUCCUUCCAGCCGGUGGUGCUGGCCAACUAAAGCCUUCAUUUGUAACGAAAAAGAAAUGUUGUCCCGAGGUGGGUCUGAAAAAUGACGCUCCAGAUAUUUUCAGUUUUUUCUAACAAAUUGUUCUGAUACUAAUACGCGUUGAGAAUUAGUUUUACUACGAGGAUUUAAAAAGUACCACGUCCACUGAAUAAUGAAAUGUAGUUUUUGUUACCUCCAAUCCCGCUCUACAUUUUCAUUCGUUGCUUUCGUCCGUUUGCUUUGAUGACAGGAGUGGGUGGGGAGGGGUGGGUUCCUUUCUACGUUUGAGUCGUUGCCAAUCGCUUUUAUGUUUAUUCCUUUGCAUUGAAUGUUAACGUUAAGGACUUGUUUUUGUUUUGUGGAUUAAUGGACCCGGCUCUAGUGUAGCUCCACUUUUGCACUGCACUGUCAUGCUGUGAAAGAAGCUCCUCGCCAAGUCCUGCAGGGAACGACGGCUGUGGAAAGCUCAGCACUUUGCUCUGCAAUCUGCUCUGCCCUACUUGCCACAAAUACAGAGAAGGGGGGGGCGGGGGUCUGCUGUGAGUGUGUGUGUGAGUGUGUGUGUGUGUGAGUGUGUGUGUGUGUGUGUGGCGUUGCUCUGUUUUGUUGUGGCUCAGCGUGAUGGAGAGACCCAUUGUUUGUACGAUGGUGGGCCCUCUCCACUAGUUGUUGUCGCUGGGCGUAUAUUGGAAGCAGUUUGUCGUCAGCUGGGAUGUGUGUACAUGACACGGGUUUAAAUGAAGCGCGAGCAGUGGAGGGAGCAGAAAGGCAGCUUGGGGUUGUAAAGGGAGUGAUGUAGGGGAAUGUAUUGCAUCUGUCAGGGGGGGGAUACUGCAGCUAGGAAGGUCAGGGAAACCUUGGUGGAGAAACGGGUUUGCAUUUUAAGACUUUAACCGAGCGUUGAUACCUCAAUAAUUAAACACACUGGGAUGUAAAUCAUGCUUUCAUACGUGCACACACGCAGGUGGUAGUGUGUGAAGGUGAAGAGGGAUGCAGCAGGCAUUGUGAUAAAUGGCUUGGCAUGACUUUGAGGGAGAGCUUUUCCUCUGCAUGAAGAAGGAAAUGAAAGGGAGAGCAGCAGCUAGAGGCUUCUUUCGCCUCGGUGUUAUCCAGGCUGUGGAGAGAUUUAAAACCCAGAACACGUUUGUGGUGAGCUUAAAUGGUAUUGAAGCCAACCAUUCUCUCCCUCCUCUUGAAAUUCUCCUCUUCUCCUCUGGUUGCUGACAAAAGAUUCAUACAGAUGAGUGAUCCUCAAUCGGUCUGCUGCUUUUUGUGUCUCUUUAUUGGUUAGAUUUUAAGUCUGCUGCACGUCUCCUAACAAUGGUUUGUUUACCAGCCGGGUCCAUGUGAUUGUUGGUGAGUCUCUGCAGGGAGGGGUAGCUCUCAGAUGAGCAGCACUUUAUUUCUGAGGCUGUGUGGCGCUACAUCCUUCCUUCAGCCUCCAUGACAUGCUUUAGAGAUUCAAUACAGGAGCUUGAUUUGCAGAUGCAAGAUUGAGGAGAUGCUGUUUAUUUGAAUGUUUCCAGAAACCUAUUAAUGAGGACCCUUGACUCUGGUUUUGCAACGUGACAUCUUGUCAUAUGCAUGGAAGAUUUUAUUUCUUUGUUUUUUUUUUUCAAGGGGAUGGGUGGGGAGGUCUGUAAAUGUCAUUAUGAUUGUGAGGGGAAAGAUGCAUUUAUAUCGUUUUUUUGUUUUGUAAUUUAUUUCUAUAUAUUUUUGUUUUUUUUGCAAAAAUGAUCACUGACAUUUGUACGAGUAAAGACAUGACAAGUCCAGGAAAUAUGUAUAUAUACAAAGUUCUUACGUUCAGAUUUAUUUGUUUAGUUUCUUACAUGCCGAGGUUAUUUUUUCAGAAAAUAACGUGAAUAUAUGCAAACCGAGACAAAAAUAAAGAUGUACAGAAUAAAGUAUUGAAUGUGUAUUGUACCUUGUACCUUUUUGGCAUUUGUCUAAUAAGACGGGUAAAUGUAUUCAUUCUUCAAGUCGGAUUUGAAGUUUAAGAUGUGAAUGUUUACAAAGGGUUUGUGUAGGAAAGAUGGCUGAUUUCACUUUUGUUCUGUGCUCCCAGGGCAGUCUCACAACACUACUCCCCAUUGGCAGUGCAUUUAAACCAAAAAUUACACAUUUCAGAUUUUGUUUUUGUCCAUUUCCCUUUUUUUUUUUUCUAUUGUCAAUUCCCUGCUUGUCUUUUAUCCUUCGAGCUAAAAUUACCAUUCAUUUUUCCCCACUUUAUUUAAACACAUUUUCACUACCCCCAAUAGGCAGUGCAUUUAGACAAACGAUCCACAUUUCGGAGUUAUUCUUAAGUGAAAUGUCCAUUUACCCAUUUAUUUUGGUCAAUCCCCUACAUAUCUAUUAUAUUCCCUACAAGUUACUCUGCUUAUCUUUUUUCCUCUGAAGAAAUUGUUAUAUUUUCCCACUUUAGUUAAUAAUCACGUCCUCUCUACUUCCCAUAGAAAUGUAUUUAAACAAAACAAUUUACAUUUCAGAUAUAUUCAAGGGCAAGUCCUUCCCUCUUUUCCUUUUUUUUGUAAAUUCAAUACUUAUUUAGGAUCACAAUAGAAUUCCUACAUUUAGUUUUACUCCCAUCCAACACUACUCUCUAACACUCCUUGACUUCUUUUGUUUGCUACUAAAGCACCCAACCAAGAUAAAUCAGAUGUACUAGAACAAAACGUCCCCUUAUAUUAUAUAUCCCCAUCACAAUUUCUUUGUCUCACUUCAUCUUUUUCCCUUUCUCCCCAGGUCCUUUGGUCCUGGUACUAUAGCCAUAUCCCAGACUGUCUUUGCUUACACAGACGCUCGCUCUUCUCCAGUGCAAUGUAAUGCCAUAGUUUAAAUUACCCUGAAGGAUUUAAGGGGUUUCUACCUCUCUGCACCCGGGAAAAAAAAAUACAAAAAUCAGUAUAUCGUCUCAAUGAGAAGACAGUGUUACGGAAAGGAUGAAGGAAAUGAAUGUGCUGUGAAUGUGAUCUGUUUAGUAGGCUACACCCUGGUUGAGAUGGCCUGCGGAUAAUAAAUAAGGGAAACAUAAUUGUUUUGUGUGUUUAAACAUGACAGUCACAUGCAUGUCCAAAAUGACUAAGUGACACUUUUUUUUUCCUUCAUAUUUGUGAGAUUAUUCAUAGCAAACGAGGUGUUGUUAAAUUUUGUCUGUAUACAAAUCGGGCUCCUCUGAGGAUGUGACGAUGACUGUAAAAGAGUAAAUGCUGGUUUGUGUUUUUUCACGCUUUUCUAAACGCACUCCAAACGCAGGCCAUUCAACUAUCGGGGUUGACCGUUAUUAAGGAGGAAAAACAAGAAUUUUGUAUUCUGAUGUCCGUUUGCUUAUAUCGAUGUGUGCGUUUUAUUUUGCACUUUGGAAUAUUUCAUUGUCAUAAAAGAAGUUUAUUUUCUAUGUAAAAAAUUUAACAUUUAAGAGUACAAAUAAAUAUAAUUAAAAGUUCAGAUGAUGUAUAAAUAUAGUGCUUUCUUUCCUGCCUGUAUUUUAUUAUUUUUGUUCCUAUUUUGUAUCUGAUCUGUACACCCUGUAGAUGUAAUGAAUCUUUCACUACUGAAAUGCAAUGACCUGUUUUCUGUGCUGCCCCACCCCCGGGAAUGGGGAGUUACUACUGCAGUUUCUUAUUGUAUCAGAUUCUUUUUUAAGUUUGUAAUAAAAAAAACAGAUUGGCAAAAAAA